AUGGAAUGGUUGAUACCUCCAUAUGUCAGUAUUGAAUGGUUGAUACCUCUAUAUGUCAAUAUGAAAUGGUUGAUACCUCCAUAUGUCAGUAUGGAAUGGUUGAUUCCUCCAUAUGUCAGUAUAGAAUGGUUGAUGCCUCCAUAUGUCAAUAUGAAAUGGUUGAUACCUCCAUAUGUCAGUAUGGAAUGGUUGAUACCUCCAAAUGUCAGUAUCGAAUGGUUGAUACAUCCAUAUGUCAGUAUGGAAUGGUUGAUACCUCCAUAUGUCAGUAUAAAAUGGUUGAUACCUGCAUAUGUCAGUAUGGAAUGGUUGAUACCUCCAUAUGUCAAUAUGGAAUGGUUGAUACCUCCAUAUGUCAAUAUGGAAUGGUUAAUACCUCCAAAUGUCAGCAUGGAAUGGGUGAUACCUCCAUAUGUCAAUAUGGAAUGGUUGAUACCUCCAAAUGUCAGCAUGGAAUGGUUGAUACCUCUAUAUGUCAAUAUGGAAUGGUUGAUACCUCCAUAUGUCAGUAUUGAAUGGUUGAUACCUCCAUAUGUCAGUAUGAAAUGGUUGAUACCUCCAUAUGUCAGUAUGGAAUGGUUAAUACCUCCAGAUGUCAAUAUGGAAUGGUUGAUACCUCCAUAUGUCAAUAUGGAAUGGUUGAUACAUCCAUUAGUCAGAAUGGAAUGGUUGAUACCUUCACAUGUCAGUAUGGAACGGUUGAUACCUCCUCAUGUCAGUAUGGUAUGGUUGAUACCUCCAUAUGUCAGUAUGGAAUGGUUGAUACCUCCAUAUGUUAAUAUGGAAUGGUUGAUACCUCCAUAUGUCAAUAUGGAACGAUUGAUACCUCCAUAUGUCAGUAUGGAAUGGUUGAUACCUCCAUAUGUCAAUAUGGAAUGGUUGAUACCUCCAUAUGUCAAUAUGUAA